AUGGCUUCUUUGGCGACUGCUGCUCGUGAUAUCCCCCAGGCCUCCUUGAGCCGAGACAACUUAACUGCUGUAGCGGCUCGGAGCGAUCCUGCGAUGACUGUGACACGAUCUCGGGACCUCCCGACCCCUCCAAACUCCAUCUCUCCCUCCUUGCCGGCCCACGGCCUCAAGGCCCAGCUCCAGAAGGCCAAGCUCGAGGCCAUCGACUCUGACUUGGACCUCCAUGACAAUGUCAGCAGCCACGGGAGAUCGCUGUCUCCGGCGCUCGAAUCGGCAGGCGCCAUCACCAGCUCCAUGCUGGCCAAGUACCACCUGCCAGAGAUCCUGCUGAACCACGGCCCUCUGGCCAUCCGCCACAUCAUGGGAUAUCUUACCACAUCAGUUCCUGGAUUCUCUGGUAUCCCGCCGACCAAGGCGCGAAGGGUAGUUGUCGGGGCGUUGGAAGGACGCGGGGGCGAAGGCAGAGGAGUCGAUGGAGACGUGGUCUUCGAGAAGGUGGGAUGGGGACGAUGGGAUGCGCGCCGACGUGGACAAGCUGCCCGACUUCGUCAAGCAACUCCGCCCAGCGGCCCAUCCUCGUACACCGCUGGAAUCCCUAUUUCCAGGGCCAGCGGCCGGGGCUUGAGCCUGAGCAGGGCGAGGCUGAACGCUGCCGGAUCCAGCGGCGGCGAAUCGGUGCAGUUCUCCCACGAUGACCACUUUGACAUCUCCAUGAUGGAGCACGAGGCCGAUAAGAUGUCCAUGGAUGACUCUGCGUCGGCUUCAUGCUCCGAGGCGCCGGAUGAUGAUAUCGCUAUGAAUGAUGACCCAGAGGACGUCACGGACGACGAGGACUGGGCUGCCGUUGGGGCCGCUGCCCUGCGGGCCGACUCCUACCCAAACAUGGCUUCCGCGUUUGAGCCCGGUCUAUCCUCCAACACUUACUCUGGCGGCGGGAUGCGCACUUUCCCCUCCAACUUUAGGGGCGUGGCGAAUCCCCCCCAAGUCAAGAUUGACUAUUCUGCGUUCCCUGCCACUUCUGAUGCGCAGGAGCGCGAGGCUGUCGAAGCCCUUCUUCGACUAGGUUCUGUAUAA